CUAACUUCAGUUUUGACGUAAUGUUUUCAAUUUUUCAUUCCUUGUUUCCUCGGAAUAUUUUAUGUUUCAUGAUUAUUUAGACUUUGGUACAAAUCUUUAAAUAAGUGCAUUUUAAAAUGUUUUUACCCUUUUAUUAUACGAAGAAUAGUGUAAAAGCUACUAAAUAAAAGAAUUCAGAACAGUGACUUAAAAUAUAUUUUAUAGUACUUGUUCUAAUUAGGAAAGUAAGUCAUGACGACAAAUGAAUAUGAAAAAGUAAACAGGGACGGGGCUCGGCCCUAUAAAUGCAGCGAUUACCCAUCCAAAAUAUCAUUAAAUUUACAUCAUUUCAAAAGAGAUGGAAGAUUCUGUGACAUAGAUCUCAUAUCUGGUAGCACCAGAGUAAAGGCGCACCGUGUUGUGCUUGCAGCUAGUUGUGCCUACUUUGAUGCAAUGUUCAGUGUUGGUUUAGAAGAAAGCCAUAAGGGUCUAAUUUCCUUGCCCAGUGUACCACCUGAGGUGCUUCCCUUGAUUAUUGACUUUAUAUAUACAGGUGAAAUAGUGAUUGAUAAAAUAUCUGUACAAAACUUAUUAAUAGCUGCUGAUAUGUUGCAACUUAGAGAACUAGUUGUUGGAUGUGGAGAAUAUUUGAGAAGAGAACUUCAUCCUUCUAAUGCACUAGGAAUAUUCAGAUUUGCAGAAGCCCACAAUUGUACAGAAUUGGCAAAUGAAGCAUUAGAGCAUGUACAAGCAAAUUGGAAUGUAGUGGCAAACGGUGAUGAACUUCUGGAGCUGCCUUUACCCCAGUUAGUGACAUUAUUAUCAUCAGAACAACUGAGAGUCGACAGUGAAGCUCAGGUUCUCUAUCCCGCAUUGAGAUGGUUGGAACACGAUCCGGGAUGUCGAAGGCGCCAUUGUUUUGAAGUGCUUGCUCACGUCAGACUCCCUUUAAUACCACCACAAAUAUUAGAUGAUGCUAUUAAAAGUGUACAGGAUCCAUCGAUAGCAGUUGCUUUAAAGACAGCCAGAGUUGACAUGAAAACGGGUCGAGGUGCAUUAGUAAGUUUGGCGGCCGAGCCUCGAGCCAGAGCGCGCCGCAUCCUGCUGGUGGCGGGCGGCUCGUGUCGCGACAAGGCAGCUCAUCCACCCCUCACCACGGACAACAUUCUAUCUAGUGUACUCAAAUUUGAUCUUCAUAAACGUGAGUGGGAGGAGUUAGCGCCAAUGGAUAUAGCACGCAUUCAACCAGGAGUCGCGACGCUAGCUGGCCGCGUUUAUGCCGUCGGCGGCGAGCAAGGUAGUCAGAUACUGGCCAACGGAGAAGUUUAUGAUCCACAGACAAAUAAAUGGUCAAAUAUAGCACCUAUGAACGAGGCUCGAUGUGAAUUCGGUCUCACAGCGUGGAAUGGAACCUUGUACGCCUUUGGUGGUUGGGUCGGUUCUGACAUGGGUGCUUCUAUAGAGUUCUACGAUCCAGUGAUGGAUAAGUGGACGCUCGUUGGACGUAUGCCAGAACCCAGAUUUGGAAUGGGUGUUGUUAAUUACCAAGGUUUAAUAUAUGUGGUGGGUGGGUGCACACACACGUGGAGACAUACGAAGGAUCUGUUGUGCUACAACCCCAGCACACGCAAAUGGAGCGCGUUGUCGUCGAUGCACCGCGCUCGCAGUCAAGCAGCGGCCGUCGUCAUGGACAACUACCUCUACGUCAUAGGGGGCAACGCACCCAGGAGGACCGUUCUCACUUCUGUUGAAAGAUACAAUUUUGACGAAGACUCGUGGGAGGAGGUGGCGGCGCUGGCGGGCGCGCGCGCGGGCUGCGCGGCGGGCGCGGCGGGCGGCGUGCUCGUGGCGGCGGGCGGCGACAGCGAGAGCGCCGGCGAGCGCGCCUUCUACCGCGCGCGCACCACGCUCGCCACCGUGGAGCUGUACGAGCCGCGCGCGGACGCGUGGCGCGCCGGCCCGCCGCUGCCGCACUCGCGCGCCGAGGCGGGCACCGCGCUGCUCUGACGCACGUGCUCUGUGGCGAUCUGUCGGCUACAGUCAAUACUGAUUGCAUCUUUACCUUACGUCAAAUCCUCCAAGUUGCGGUGGACUAUUUGCAUUUCUGUCUGCCGCCUCGCGAGUUGAAGGGCUGACUGAAGAAAUUAACUAUUUAAUAAUAAACGAAUGGAAGAACCAAAACAUUUUGUACCUAUUAACCCAUAGGUAAUUAUUAUUGACUCUAGCUGACACGUACAAAUUGAUAUCGAUAAAUUAUCUCCACCCAGAAUAUGGUAAAAUUGUGAUUGGUCGAGAGACCAACGCGUGAGUCACAUGUUCGUAUCUCGACCAAUCAUGAUAAAACGAUACGGGCUUUCGCAUCUUGGUUUUUGCCACAUUCUAAAGAGACAUAAUAUUACUUGUUGGUGCGUUUUAGUGAACUAAAUAUUUAGAUUCUUUACACUAUAUAGUGUGUCAUUGAAAAUUCAAAAGCUUUGAAUAUUCGAAGAAUUUAUUCUUCUUGUUUAUUACCUCGAUAAUUAAGGAAACUAAUAUGGUUUUCAUAAUAUUAUUCAUAAAUGAAUAUAAAUCCGUCAUCUCCAAAGUUUAAAUUUUUCAAGUGUCCUAUUCCAAACAAUCAUUGGUGCAUAAUAUUGCAUUUACUUGGCAAUUUUAUUAAGAUUAUAUUAUAUUAAGUAUACAGCUUUACAAUAUAUUGAUACUAUAAAAAAGUAAAAAAUAAAGUUUCAUUUUUGGCUUAGAUCUAUAAACCAGAGUAUUUCCUGUCUGAAGAAAAAAGAUAUGCGUCAUUAACUUUGCAGUUACUAUAACUUCAGAGUAUGGAUAUUCUAUAAAGCCGAGAGAGGAAAAUAUAUUUCGCCUUCCACAUUGACAAAAUUUCGUGUAGCCUGCUUCAAAUAUUUUCGAAACUCAUACAGAAGACUUCGCAAGUUAGUGGCAGUAUAUUUGGGCUGGGAUGCAUAAGGAUUAAAUUUACUAAACUAUCGUGCGCUAUGCGGUCCAACACCGCAUUCAGCGCGGUCAUAGUUGCGGUAGCAAUUAUUAAGAGGUAAAAUGUUUCUUCUUAGUAUUCGCGAACGGAGUUAAAUCUGAUUCGCCCUAUGGCGAUAUUUCCACGACAAGGGCCAGGGCUUAUUUGUGGGGGCACGUAGUAAAUCUCUUAUAUCGAAAAAUAUAUAUAAAAAAGGAAUAAAUAAUUUUGAAGAAAAAAACUAUUUUUGUGACCAUUACAAAAAUUAUCCAGAUACAAAUCUAAUCUAUCUAUCUAUCUAAAACAGUUACCGUUUCGCCUCAUACUAUAUUCUCGACAAGUUGAUACUUGUCUGUUACCAUGCAAUAAUAAAAAAAAAAACUUAGAAAUUUUCCUUAAAACACGGGGUGGCAAGUGGCGGGGAGGACAAAUAAAAAAUUAUGGACUUACAACUUUCGAGAAUUGGCGCGUCCUAAAAUAAGAAGUGACAAAAAAGGCCUGGUUGUGGCAUUAUACUUAUUUUCUUCGAAUUGGAUGAUUGUACAAUAAGAAUUUUCUGUCCUCUUAAAUACUUUGUUAAAAGCCUUUCUUACUAUAAUUCCACUAUAUCGUUUUAAUGCAAGUCUUCCAAAA